AAUUAAGGGAAGGCUAUGUAAGAGUGUCAGAGGGUGGGGGUGGGAAAGUGGUAUACCAGACGCAGCAAGAAAACGUCCAUACGUGCUUUAUCUUAGUGGCUGUGACGUGAUAUUGCAGCCCCAGUCCUGAGCAGGGUGAGCGAGCAGAGCGGUUUCUAUCUCUCCUCCAUACUUACUCAGUAUUCAAACAUCCGUCCGCUAAGGAUUUUUUUGGACUUCUUGCUGCCUCGUCUUGAUAGGCUAAUAUAUCUGGAGAAAAGACACGAAGGGACCCGUCGAUGAUCCAUAGAGGUAUACCUUUACGGUAAUUUUGUAGAUUUUUGUCCCCCCUAUCAUUCUACUAUUUCUCUAUUGGGCUGUCGCGAGUUGUUUCGCUUCUCACUGGGUCCGUUUUGAUGGAAAAAAGCGACGCGGAGGAGAUGAUCCAGACGGGAGUCUAACGCAUUUUUUUUUGUCCAUUGACGAUCAUCUUGUUGCAUUGGACUUCUAUUGUGGGCUAUGGGAAGUAUCGAUUCGCAAGGAGACAGCACAUUUUGCUCUUCAUAAAGGAUGUGGUCAAGUAUUUUGGAAAAAUAGCCAUAGCUUCCGGAGUGUAAGGCCAAAUGACAUAGGAUGAAGGCUAUUCGUAACCAGUUGAUUUAUAUAUUUUCCACCUAUCUCCUGGUUAUGUUUGGAUUAACUGGUGCACAAGACUACUGGUGUUCCACUUUGGUCAAGGGGGUCAUAUAUGGAUCUUACUCAGUGACUGAGAUGUUUCCCAAGAACUACACAAACUGCACAUGGACGUUGGAGAACCCUGACCCUACCAAAUACAGCAUCUACCUUAAACUAUACAAACGAGACUUGAGCUGCUCCGAGUUCUCUUUGCUUGCUUAUCAAUUCGAUCACUACUCGCAUGAGAAGAUCAAUGAAUUGCUGAAAAACAACGAGUCUAUAGUGUACCUGUGUGAUUCCAAGAAUAUGUAUAUAUUUUUGCAGUAUGACAAGAAUUUCGUGCAGCUACGGAGGGUUUUCCCUUACGAUUAUAACGGAUUGCAGAAGACGGACGAAGAGGAGAAGUCUGUGGUGGAAUUCUUGGUCUUGAACAAGGCGAGCCCCAGUCAAUUUGGAUGUCAGGUGCUGUGCACGUGGCUGGAAAACUGCCUGAAAUCGGAGAAAGGAACUGUGGAAACAUGUGGAAUAGUGUAUACGAAAUGCACCUGUCCCCAGCACCUAGGCGACGGAGAAUCAGAAAGUAUGCUUGUGCUUAACAACGUGGUUUUGCCUUUAAAUCCCCAAACGGAGGGAUGCCUGACUCCACAAAUCCGUGCUGGGCAGGUGUGCAACAUCAGUGCAGAGGUUAAACGACCAGCAAAGGAGGAAUAUGGAAUGAUCGGCGAACAUACUGUAAAAAGUCAGCGGCCCAGAUCAGUCUUUGACACAAAGGCCCUGCAGGAGCAAGCUGAAUCUACUAAAUUUAUGGCACAAACUGGUGAAUCUGGUGCAGAGGAGUGGUCCCAGUGGAGCUCAUGCUCAGUUUCAUGCGGCCAAGGGUCGCAGGUGCGAACAAGAACAUGUGCUUCACCGUAUGGAACUCACUGCAGCGGCCCUUUAAGAGAGUCAAGGGUUUGCAAUAACACUGUCCCCUGUCCAGGUAGUAAUAGCUGCAGCAUUAUUACUUUACUUGUUAUAACGUCUUUCUCCUUCACCCUUCAUUGUUCUAUGUGUGCAUUGUUGUGCUUGCUUUGAAUUGAUCAUCAAACC